UGCAAAUAAAAAGGAAUCUGCGCCCAGGGAAGGAGGCUGCCCGGGCUCUCGCGGGAAGAUGCGUGGUUGCCUCGGUAACCACGUCGCGGUCGCGAAAGAUGGCGGGGCGAAGUCUUUUGGCUUCAGGAGACAGAGAGUUCCAGGGACCCCGCUUCCAGCACGCAUUCAGCAACCUGCUACACCUCGAUUGGAUCUCCUUGCCAAGGAGGAAGAAUAUAAGCGUUUAAAUGCAGAACUGGAGGCAAAAACAGCUGACCUGGUUCGACAAGCUGAGGAAGUAAUAAGAGAUCAGCAAGAGGUACAAUCCAAGCCUGUUUCAACACAAAUUAAAUCAUAUGAAGAGGAAGAUGAUUACAGUUUAAGAAGUCUGUUACCACCUGAAGGGAAAGUCCAUCUACAUUCUGAAGCUAAGCCAGAGACCAGAAAUGUUGGUCCAGUAAACAAGGUUCAAAACAAACUAUAUUCUGCAAAUAAAGGAAGGAAAACCAUUUCAAGUGUAAAACUGAAAUAUUCUGAUAUACAAACUGCCAGUGACGUUGCCAUUCCGGAUGACUUCUCGGACUUUUCUCUUGCAAAAACAAUUAGCAAAAUCGAAGGGCAACUGGAGGAGGAAGGCUUACCUGAUUAUAUAGAUGAUGAUCUUUUCUCCGGUGUUAAUAAAGACAUUGGAACAGAAGCUCAGAUCAGAUUUCUAAAGGCCAAACUCCAUGUUAUGCAGGAGGAAUUGGAUAAUAUUGUGUGUGAAUGCAAUAAAAAGGAGGAUGAAAUUCAGGAUUUAAAGUUUCAAGUAAAAAAUUUUGAAGAAGAUUGUGUGAGACAGCAGCGAACAAUUAGUAUGCAACAGUCUCAAAUAGAAAAAUAUAAAACUCUUUCUGAAGAAGCAAACAAAAAAUGUGAUGGAUUACAGCAACAAUUGUCUUCAGUAGAAAGGGAGUUAGAAAACAAAAGAAGACUACAAAAACAGGCUGCCGCUAGUCAAAGUGCCAUAGAAGUUCGCUUGAAUAGAGCUCUAGAAGAAGCAGAAAAGUACAAAUUGGAAUUAAGUAAAUUAAGACAAAAUAACAAGGAUAUAGCAAAUGAAGAACAGAAAAAAAUUGAAGCGUUAAAAUCAGAAAACAAGAAGUUAGAAAAACAAAAAGGAGAAUUAAUGAUUGGAUUCAAGAAACAAUUAAAAUUAAUUGAUGUUUUAAAAAGGCAAAAGAUGCAUGUUGAAGCUGCCAAGAUGCUGUCUUUCACUGAAGAGGAAUUUAUGAAGGCACUUGAAUGGGGAAAUUCAUAAAUGAUCUUUGUCAAUUAGUCUAGGAUAACUGAAAAUGUGUGAUGGAUAUCUACUUUGUUUAAUCUGAGCAAGCUAUAAUGGCUUCAAUUAUUUUUACUCUUAAAAGUAAUGAAGAUAUCUGAUAAUGAGAUAAAAAUAAUUUCAGAAAAUUCAUGUUUAGAUUUGGGGGGUACAAAACAUGAUUAUUAGAAAAAGAAAAUAGUUUAUAAAUUAAAGCAACAAGAAUUUAACUUGUCAUUCUGUUUUCUUUCUUAUGAUCUAUUAGCCCUUUUUCUUUUGAGUUUUCACAAGUGUACUUGAAUAUUUUGUGUUCUGGAGAGUCAGCUGUAAUUCAUAAAUGAUAGUUUAUACGAGAGAAAUUCUAAGUUCUUUUGACUAUUUACUUUUCCCUUACAGUAGACAGAAAAAGGUGCUUUAAAAUCAAAUUAAUCCUAAAUAUUUAUUUUCCCUGGCCAAAUCAGGGAAGCAAAGUUCCUAAACAAAAACACAGUAAUGUAGACGGGGGGUAUACUACACUUCAGGCUCAAGUUCUGUAUUAGUCAAGGUGAAUAUAUUGUCUUGAGGAAUGAGCCUGCAGAAAAAACUGAACAGUAGGUGUGGAGAAGUUAGUGUCCUGUGUUUGGCCUAUAAUAUACAGUGUUUUAUAUAUAUAUGGUAUGCUAUUCUAAUAUGUGCUGUAGAAUUUAAAUCUUUAAAUUUGAUCAAAAAUAAAAGUUUGACUAAAAGCAAUUAAUUUUGCAGUUACAAAACUAUUCAGUAAUUUAAUUUUCUGUCAGAGCCCAAAUGCUUUCUUAUAGAUAACUGUUUACAAAUGAGAUACAGUGAUGUUUUAGAAAAUCCAAACAUAGAUACCUACUGUCACUGAACUGUAAAAACAAAAGUUAUGCUGACAUCUACUGGUAACAUACAGAAGAAUCCAGGUUUUACCAAAUCUUGAUGGUGUAUCACUUCUCUUCACAAAUUGUACUCCUUUUCUGAUAUGCUUUCCUAAACUCUUCACCAAGCAUAUCAAUAUCAUCCUCUUUUUUAAAUACUCCCUACAAGAAAAAUAUUUUAUGGAUUAUUUUUGAAUGCCAAAAUAUUUCACUAAAUGCUUUUAAGACUAACACAUAUAUAAACAUGAGGUUAGUAAAAUUAUCUCCAGGAUAAUGAAAACUACUCAAUAUAUUUGUAUAAUUUGUAAAUAAUCAAUAUUUUCUAAAAACUAUAUAUGAAUGUUCUCAGACUGACCUGAUCUGAUUUAUCAGCUCCAGUGUAGGAAUGUCUGAUAGAAAUCUGGGCUCUUCUUCCUUUACAACUACUACUACUGCUUGGAUUGGCUCGAUGGAAGGAAUUUAAUCUAUACCGUACACCCCCCUUAUCUUGAAACAGCCCAACAAUGUUAUAGGAGGGAGGUAAAGGGUGAAGGGACUGUCCUUUGGUAAAAUCAUGUGUGGGAUGGGUUCCUCAUGCCUCAGUUCUAUGGCUAAUCUGAAAACAUUCAAUCUUGCAGGGAAGAAUCCAGGUUUGGAGUUAACCCAUUUAAGCAAGCCCUUUGAAAUUCUUCACUCUAAUUUCUUUUCCCUUAGAGUAUACAGCAAAGACUCUUUAUAACAAAUUAAAUUUAAAUAUUUGCUUUUAUUGCCAUCUAAAGGAUCUAAAUAAUGAUUUAGGUCAUUUCGAACUUCUAGGAUAAAGGAUAAAGGUCAUUUUAGGAUGUCAGGUUUCUUCGGCCCUCACCUCCUUUCUCCACAGUUAUUUCCUCACAAAAUAUGUAGUCCCCUAGAUUCUCCCAGAAUUUACAGUCCAUUUUAUAAAAUUUGUGAAUUAAGUACAUGGCCUUUGUCAGUAACAUAUCAUUUCAUACUCAUUAAUCCUGUCUAACCAAAAUGACUAUAAGGUUCCUAUUUUUUGACAAGCAAUAAUUAUUCAUAUAUUUCUCUUUCUCUGGCCUUACUUAACACUGGACUAAAAAAAAUUAUGUACUUUUAAUUUUUCUAAUUGAAUAAAAUAUCAAAUGACAAGCAUUUUA